AGCAUGCAUCUUACAAAAACACCUUUCUGAAUGCGAUCCAUUCACCUGUCGCCUUCAUCCCGGGAUGCGAUGCUGCGGGAGGAGGGCGAAAAGGACAAGAAAAGAAAACCACCGAAAACCCUAAACCUCAGUGAGAGAGAGGGAGCUGGGUUUCCUUUAACCCAGGACCACUUUUAGAUGCUUAGAAAAGGAGUCACAGGUGCAGAAUUUAUCCCCACCGCCCCGGGGUCGCUGAAUUCUUUGCAGAGAUACUCUCUUGCCGUGGCACCGAGGGUUUUUAGGGUCCUCCUUUGACCCGGGAACUAAGCGCGAUCUGUUCAUUUGUUUCGCGGGGAGGGCGAUUUCUCCUGCGGGAGGGCUCGCGGCUCACAGGUAACAGCUUUCCCCCCCGGAAAGUCUCGUCACUUGGAAGAAAAAGAGGAGCCAACAGCCCAACGCAAAAGGCUGGAAGUUGAAAGCGGCGCAAGAGCGCACUGGCGGCUGUGCCAAAGAGAAUACGAAGGGUGAGCUGUUCUGUGCGUAAAGUUGGUUUCUUAGUGAUGCUUAUUUUGCAAUGUGUGACGAUUAUCUGGGGCGGGCGAUGGUUCUGAACCUGAUUUCCAGCGCAGUUGUUAAGAGGUAGUCCUCCACGCAGCGUGUGGUUAGCCUACGGAACUCCCUCCCACAGGGCCACCGCCUUGGAUGGCAUUAAAAGAGGAUUGGGCCGAUUUGUGGAUCAAAUCUAUGCUUGCAGGUGCCAUAAGAAAGCUGCAGGGAUAGUGCAGGAUAGUGCGCACCCCGGCAAUGAUCUCUUUCAGCUUCUGCCUUCUGGAAAGAAGGUCCAGGGUUAUAAAGACUAGGACUAGCCGCCUGAGAAACAUCAUUUUGGUAGCUCAAUUCUGCACACCUUCCAGUUUGUCAAUGUCCUUCUUAAAUUGGGGUGCCCAGAACUGGACACAGUAUUCCAGAUGUGGUCUGACCCAAGGUAGAAUAGAUCAGGAUUGCGACUUCCCUAGGCUGGGACACUGUACUUCUAUGGAUGCAGCCUAGAAUAGCAUUAGCCUUUUUUGCUGCUGCAUUACACUGUUGACUCGCGCCAAGCUUGCGGUCUUUAAAGUGGUGGGAGCCGGGAUGGAUCGAAUCACUCAAAAGGAGACCGUGGCUGAUUGGCUCCAAUAAUAAACCUCUCAUAAAUAUAGGUUGUUUAUGUAUUCCACUACUGCGUUUGGUGGUGCUGUGGGUUAAACCGCAGAGCCUAGGGCUUGCCGAUCAGAAGGUCGGCGGUUCAGAUCCCUGCGACGGGGUGAGAUCCCAUUGCUCGGUCCCUGCUCCUACCCACCUAGCAGUUCGAAAGCACGUCAAAGUGCAAGUAGAUAAAUAGGUACCACUCCGGCGGGAAGGUAAACGGCAUUUCCGUGCGCUGCUCUGGUUCACCAGAAGCGGCUUAGUCCUGCUGGCCACAUGACCCGGAAGCUGUACGCCGGCUCCCUCGGCCAGUAAAGCGAGAUGAGCGCCGCAACCCCAGAGUCGGCCACGACUGGACCUAAUGGUCGAGAGUCCCUUUACCUUUACCUUUACCUUUACCUUUACCUUUACCUUUACUGUGUUUGGUUAACCCCAAAAUAGGAAACGAGCGAGGUCCCAACCAAAGAAGAGUCGCAACUUAAGUUGACGGAAUAUGUGUAGCUUGCAGACUUAACGUAUAGAAUAAGGGAACAAGAAGAAAAUGUGUUUAGAGAAGAUUGGAAAAUGUUUAAUUAAUAUAUGGGAAAUGACUGUGUACAGCUGAAAAUGCUGUUAAGAUAAAUUAAAUGCAGUGGUACCUCCGGUUAAGUACUUAAUUCGUUCCGGAGGUUCGUUCUUAACCUGAAACUGUUCUUAACCUGAAGCACCACUUUAGCUAAUGGGGCCUCCUGCUGCUGUCGCACCGCCGGAACACGAUUUCUGUUCUCAUCCUGAAGCAAAGUUCUUAACCCAAGGUACUAUUUCUGGGUUAGUGGAGUCUGUAACCUGAAGCGUAUGUAACCCGAGGUACCACUGUAGUGUAAAUGAGCUUUGAUGGAUGUAAUAAUGGAAUACUGAAUGGUAUACUUUCUGUAAAAUACGCAGGGAUUUAUGAUAUGGAAAAAUGAACCAUGGAAAACGAAGAAGGGAAGUCAUUGGUAUCUAAAGGAUGUAAAAAUGAGUACAGUGGACGCUCGGGUUGUCAACGUGAUUGUGGGAUGCACGUUCGCAACCCACAGCUGUGCAUCUGUGCACACGCAGGUUGCAAUCUGGCGCUUCUGUGCAUGCGCAAAGUGCGUUUUAGCGCUUCUGCACAUGCGCGGCCACCAAAACCCAAAAGUAACCCGUUCCGGUUACUUCCAUUCCAUAACCCGUAAAAGGGACGUGGGUGGCGCUGUGGGUUAAACCACAGAGCCUAGGACUUGCCGAUCGGAAGGUCGGCAGUUCGAAUCCCUGUGACGCGGUGAGCUCCCAUUGCUCGGUCCCUGCUCCUGCCCACCUAGCAGUUCGAAAGCACAUCAAAGUGCAAGUAGAUAAAUAGGUACCACUCCAGCGGGAAGGUAAAUGGCGUUUGCGUGCGCUGCUCUGGUUCGCCAGAAGCGGCUUAGUCCUGCUGGCCACAUGACCCGGAAGCUGUACGCCGGCUCCCUCGGCCAAUAAAGCCAGAUGAGCGCCGCAACCCCAGAGUCGGCCACGACUGGACCUAAUGGUCAGGGGUGCCUUUACCUUUACCUUUAACCCAAAAAAACGCAACCUGAAGCGUCUGUAACCAGAGGUGUGACUGUACUUUAAAUUGUGAAACAGAAAAAUUCAAUAAAAAUUAUUUGGAGACAAUAAUAAACCUCUCCCAUGCUUCCACUUUUCCAUUUCGAAGUAACUUUAGCCUGUGCCAACAGGGAACAACAACAAAAGUGCAGCUGAGACACAUAGGUCCCUACAUUUCAGGGGGUUGGGCUAAAUGACCUUUGGGGGACCCUUCCAUCUCUCUAUGAUUCUACAAGAUGCUCUUGCUAAUCCAUCCAUUACCAUCUCUCCAAAGCUGGUGGGACCUUCAGGAUGCAGCUGACUCUGGGAUGUGUACUGAUUUUCCUCACCUCCGUAUCCUGCUCAGGUAAGAACAGAGCUGCAGAAGCAGUUUUGUGUUUGUCUGUUUUUAAUUUAGAGCAUUUACGAACCGGAUGAUAUUUAAAAAGGAAAAGCGCCGAGAGCUGUCCAUGGUGAAAACAACAAGGCAAUGCGAUGGAAACAAAAGCAGAACGGAAAGCUCUAGUACUGGGGUCAGCAAUUUUUUUCAGCAGGGGGCCAGUCCACUUUCCCUCAGACCUUGUGGGGGGCCGGACUAUAUUUUUUGGGGGGGAAAUGAAUGAAUUGCUAUGCCCCACAAAUAAUCUCGAGACCCUCCCUGCCCGCAGACUGUCUCGCCAGAGUGGUGCAUGCUCUGGUUAUCUCCCGCUUGGACUACUGUCAUGCGCUCUACGUGGGGCUACCUUUGAAGGUGACCCGGAAACGACAACUAAUCCAGAAUGCGGCAGCCAGACUAGUGACUGGGAGCGGCCGCUGAAACCAUAUAACACCAGUUCUGAAAGACAUCCAUUGGCUCCCAGGAUGUUUCCGAGCACAAUUCAAAGUGUUGGUGCUGACCUUUAAAGCCCUAAACGGCCUCGGUCCAGUAUACCUGAAGGAGCAUCUCCACCCACAUCAUUCUGCCUGGACACUGAGGUCCAGCUCCAAGGGCCUUCUGGCAGUUCCUUCAUUGCGAGAAGUGAGGUUACAGGGAACCAGGCAGAGGGCCUUCUCGGUGGUGGCGCCCUCCCUGUGGAACGCCCUCCCACCAGAUGUCAAAGAGAAAAAUAACUACCAAACUUUUAGAAGACAUCUGAAGGCAGCCCUGUUUAGGGAAGCUUUUAAUGUUUAAUAGGUUAUUGUAUUUUAGUGUUCUGUUGGAAGCUGCCCAGAGUGGCUGGGGAAACCCAACCAGAUAGGUGGGGUAUAAAUAAUAAAUAUUAUUAUUAUUAUUUUAAAUAAAAGGACACAAGCUACUCAUGUAAAAACACGCUGAUUCCCGGACCAUCCGUGGGCCGGAUUGAGAAGGCGAUUGGGCCGGAUUCGGCCCCCGGGCCUUAGUUUGCCUACCCAUGCUCUAGUAUAAACGUGUUGGAAACUGGGAUUCUGGGAUGCAGGAUAAAAUAGGGUCUGGUUUUAUGGGUCAAGGAAAGCUUGGGCAAAGGACAUGGCUUUACAAGAGAUUUGAAGCAACUGAGAAUCAUAGAAUUGCCCGAGUUCAGAGGGACCCAAGGGUCAUCUAGUCCAACCCGCUGCAAUGUAGGAAUCUCAGCUAAAGCAUCCAUGAUAGGUGGCCAUCCAACGUCUGCUUAAAAACCUCCAACGAAGGGAGUCUGUUCCACGGCCAAACGGCUCUUACCGGUCACAUAGUUUAGUCAGAAAUUCCUUUCAGAUCCAUUGGUUCAGGUGCCGUCCUCGGGAGCAGCAGCAGAAAGCAAGCUUGCUCCAUCUUCCAUGAAGACAACGCAACUGUAUGCUUGCACCUUCCUAUAAAAGGUAAAGGAGCCCUGGACGGUUAAGUCCUGUCAAAGGCAACUAGGGGGUUGCGGUGCUCAUCUCGCUUUCAGGCCGAGGGAGCUGGCGUUUGCCCGCAGACAGCUUUCCGGGUCAUGUGGCCAGCAGGACUAAACCGCUUCUGGUGCAACAGGACACCGUGACAGAAACCAGAGCGCACGGAAACGCCGUUUACCUUCCCGAUGCAGCGGUACCUAUUUAUCUACUUGCACUGGCAUGCUUUCGAACUGCUAACGGAACGGGAGCUCACUCCAUCGCAGGGAUUCAAACCACCAAUCUUCUGAUUGGCAAGCCCAAGAGGCUCAGUGGUUUAGACCACAGCGCCUGUUCGGAUAUUGAUGUUCCGUUCCACCUUAAAAGGAACAGACAAGAUUGCUGAAUGUCACAUGCCUGUUUACUCUCCAGCACAGCUUGCUGGGAACCUCCGUUUGUGUAUAGCCUUUGCUUAUGCUUCCUGCUGCUUGGACGCGAAGGGGAGCAGAAAUGUUUGUCCUGAUGCGGAAUACAAUGCCUGUUAAGGGACACGGGUGGCGCUGUGGUCUAAACCACAGAGCCUAGGGCUUGCCGAUCAGAAGGUCGGUGGUUCGAAUCCCCGUGACGGGGUGAGCUCCCGUUGCUCGGUCCCUGCUUCUGCCAACCUAGCAGUUCGAAAGCACGUCAAAGUGCAAGUAGAUAAAUAGGUACCACUCCAGCGGGAAGGUAAACAGCGUUUCUGUGCGCUGCUCUGGUUCAAGCCAUGGACUCCCUACUUUUGAAAACCAUGAUAUAUCUAUGGUAGUUUUAGUUAUGUGAAUGGUGCCACAAACCCCCUUGGGGUCCGCAGACCACCAGGCAACUGUUCUAGAUGAGGUUGCCUGAGUUGGCAAAGCUCAUUUGACUGCAGCAAGAAACAGCAUUUAGCACCAUCAGUCCCGUAUUGUGGAACGUUCUGCCAAAUUAGCAGGUGUUUCAACUUUUCAAUGCCUGGUGAACACUUCUCAGGGGUUGCAAUCCCUCUAAAGGAGCAAAUGUGUCAAAAAGCAGAGACACCACCUUGCCAACAAAGGUCCGUAUAGUUAAAGCUAUGGUUUACCCAGUAAUGAUGCAUGGAAGUGAGAGCUGGACCAUCAAGAAGGCUGAUGGCCGAAGAAUGGAUGCUUUUGAAUUCUGGUGCUGGAGGAGACUCUGGAGAGUCCCAUGGACUGCAAGAAGAUCAGACCCCUCCAUUCUGAAGGAAACCAGCCCUGAGUGUUCACUGGAAGGACAGAUCCUGAAGCUGAGGCUCCUGCAGCCAAUCAGAAGCCAUGCUUUGGCUUUUGAACGUUUUGGAAGUCGAAAGGACUUCCGGAAUGGAUUCCGUUCAACUUCGAAGGUACGUCUGUAAAUGCGAUUGUUAUUAUCAAUAAUAAUUAUACGUCAGGGAAGUGCAGAUUUCAAAGGAAAGCUGUGUUUCCGGUUCAGGAACUGGAGGGCCGAGUUUGGUCCAGUUAAAAGCUGCAAACCGAACCAAAUUCUCCCCUGUACCUGCCCUGGGGGAGCGUUGUACCAACUGAGCGAAAGUUUUGAUCCAAUCUGUUUACUUUGCAUUGAAUUGCAGGCCUUUGCAACCCCCAUUGCGGCAGGUUUUGCCACGGAUUAAUCUCUACACACAAACACCUGCUUGCUCCCGGAAAAUCACUCAGAAAGCCCCUUUCCUCUCUGGAGAUGGGGUCUGACGGAGGCCUGUUCUCCCCAAAGAUCUGGAGAGAUUGCUGGCUGCUCUCCACCAAUUUGCAACCAUGGACACAAUGUUCCCCCAGCUUUCAGGAAGCAAAACAGAGAUGUACGCAACACGGAACGAGCGUGCCUUGGACACGGACGGGGUCUGGAGAGCGGAGGCAGUGGGGGCUGCCCCCCCCCCAGCAGCCCCACAUCUGCGCCCGACUAAGUGGGGAAAAGCAUAUUGUUUUACAUGGCCCGAGCAAAAAAUAACCUUUCCAAAGCUGUCAACAAAGGCUGGGGGGGAAGGAGACAGGUCUGAGGUGAUGCCACAACUGUGAAGGCUCUUUUCUGGAGACCUGUUUGCGCCUCCCCUGCCGUGCGGGACAUAGGCUUCCGGCUGAAAGCAAUUUUCACCCUCCAGGCUCUGAGUUGGGGGGGACGGACACUGGCUUUCUCAGCCAUCGGGGCUGCUUUGGGGGGGGGAACAUGGUCCCAAAGGAAGCAGAGGUGAGAUGGAUGGCACAUGUGGGGGUUUUUUUGUAAUCACCCCGGGAAAAUUUAAUCAAGGCAAAACUCAAUUUCCCCUCCUCCCGCAGUUUCGCUUGCAAAAUGAGCAGGAAGAUUUGCAAUGCAGACUUUUGUAAGCGAGAGCUGGACCGUAAAGAAGGCUGAUCGCCGAAGAAUGGAUGCUUUUGAAUUCUGGUGCUGGAGGAGACUCUGGAGAGUCCCAUGGACUGCAAGAAGAUCAGACCUCUCCAUUCUGGAGGAAAUCAGCCCUGAGUGUUCACUGGAAGGACAGAUCCUGAAGCUGAGGCUCCAAUACUUUGGCCACCUCAUCAGAAGAGAAGACUCCCUGGAAAAGACCCUGAUGUUGGGAAAGAUGGAGGGCACAAGGAGAAGGGGACGACGGAGGACAAGAUGGUAGGACAGUGUUCUCGAAGCUACCAGCAUGAGUUUGACCAAACUGCAGGAGGCAGUGGAAGGCAGGAGUGCCUGGCGUGCUCUGGUCCAUGGGGCCACAAAGUGCCGGACACAACUAAACAACAACAGCCUUUGCCAACCUGUUGGCAAUGUUGUAGAACUACAACUCCCGGGCUGGCACUGAUGGGAGUCAUAGUCCAACAACAACCGGAGGGCGCCAGUUGGCGAAGGCUGUGCUGAACGAGGGUGAGGACCUCGGCUUGAAAUAAUGGGCGGCUGUUAAAACCACAGGCCUCUAUUUAAAUGAUGUUAAUUUGCAUCCUGGCCUGGUAAACAUCGCCACCUGUCAGCAGCUGCACAAACUGCAGCGUGAUGUUCCGCUGCAGUGGUACCUAUUUAUCUACUUGCACUGGUGUGCUUUCGAACUGCUAGCUUGGGGAUGCGGGUGGCGCUGUUGGGACGUGUCCAAGGAAAGGGGGGCAAUUGACAGGCCGCCAGCUGGCUCCAGCCCACCGGCUGGCAGCCGGGUGAACGGAAGGGCAGAGAGAGGCUGUGUAAAGCGUAUUUAAAGGUAAAAGUAAAGGGACCCUUGACCAUUAGGUCCAGUCGUGCCCAACCCACGUGGCUUGGCUUUUGAAACACAGGGAGGGGGUUGGACUGGAUGUGGUCUUGCAUAUGCCCUUAGGGGAGGCGGGUGGCACUGUGGGUUAAACCACAGAGCCUAGGACUUGCUGAUCAGAAGGUUGGCGGUUUGAAUCCCCGUGACGGGAUGAGCUCCCGUUGCUCGGUCCCUGCUCCUGCCAACCUAGCAUUUCGAAAGCACGUCAAAGUGCAAGUAGAUAAAUAGGUACCGCUCCGGCGGGAAGGUAAACUGCGUUUCAGUGCGCUGCUCUGCUUCGCCAGAAGCGGCUUAGUCCUGCUGGCCACAUGACCCGGAAGCUGUACGCCGGCUCCCUCGGCCAGUAAAGCGAGAUGAGCGCCGCAACCCCAGAGUCGGCCACGACUGGACCUAAUGGUCAGGGGUCCCUUCACCUUUACCUAUAUGCCCUUGGCAGAAUCAGAGCUCCCCACACAAAUACCCUUUAAAGUGCUCGCGAAGGGCCUCACUCGCAGAUCCAGCUUUCACCCUGGCGACGGCUCGUUCUCCAGACGCAAGCACUUUGCGGCAUGAAAUUGUUUGGCAGCAAGCAGAUCAGGCUUCCCAGCCUGUUGCUCACGCUCCUACCUCCGGAAGCAGCGGCCUUUGACGCUCCAACUUCCAUCGCUGGGUGCUCUUGAGUCUUCCCCCCUCCCAGCCCCAGCACCCCCCUGCUAAUCCUCCCAUCUGUUCCCUAUGCCGACACACAACACAGAAUCACCUCCAAGCCCUCUCCAGUUUAUUAUUAAUCACCGCUACGGCACCGUUUCUGGAAGAAAAACACUCCCAGGUUAAUUUGCGGUCAUUAUCCCAUUAAUCGGGACGGCUAGCUAGGGAGCGAGGCAAUUGUGAUGCCUAGGAUCACCUUGCCAACAAAGGUCCAUAUAGUUAAAGCGAUGGUUUUCCCAGUAGUGAUGUAUGGAAGUGAGAGCUGGACCAUAAAGAAGGCUGAUGGCCGAAGAAUGGAUGCUUUUGAAUUCUGGUGCUGGAGGAGACUCUUGAGAGCCCCAUGGACUGCAAGAAGAUCAAACCUCUCCAUUCUGAAGGAAAUCAGCCCUGAGUGCUCACUGGAAGGACAGAUCCUGAAGCUGAGGCUCCAAGACUUUGGCCACCUCAUGAGAAGAGAAGACUCCCUGGAAAAGACCCUGAUUUUGGGAAAGAUGGAGGGCGCAAGGAGAAGGGGACGAUGGAGGACGAGAUGGUGGAACAGUGUUCUCGAAGAGACCAGCAUGAGUUUGACCAAACUGCGGGAGGCAGUGGAAGACAGGAGGGCCUGGCGUGCUCUGGUCCAGGGGGGCACGAAGAGUCGGACACGACUAAACGACUAAACAACAACAAUUAAAUAUUAAAAGCUUCCCUAAACAGGGCUGCCUUCAGAUGUCUUCUAAAAGUCUGGUAGUUGUUGUUCUCUUCGACAUCUGGAGGGAGGGCGUUCCACAGGGCGGGCGCCACCACCGAGAAGGCCCUCUGCCUGGUUCCCUGUAACUUGGCUUCUCGCAGGGAGGGAACCGCCAGAAGGCCCUCGGCGCUGGACUUCAGUGUCCGGGUAGAACGAUGGGGGUUGAGACGCUCCUUCAGGUAUACUGGACCGAGGCCAUUUAGGGUUUUAAAUGUCAGCACCAACACUCUGAAUUGAAUGAUUUGGAUGCUACCAGGUGUGUGGGGGGGGGGGCAAAGUAUAAGUUUCUAUAUUUCGUUUCUCUCCUUGUAUUUCUCAGGACUGGCUCCAAGGAGCCUGAAGCUUGAAUACUGUGUCAGCUUCUGGGCUAAAAAGAUCACAUGCUACUGGAACCCUUUGCUGGAUAUGGGUCCUGAAACUACAUACAGGCUCCACAUCACAGAGUAAGUCUCCUGCCUGCCUCUGGGAUGGCAGAGAUAUAGGGCCACACAGUGUCGUACAACCAGCAUGCUGGAAUAUUAUUCUUAUCAUUGCUUGAGGUGGUUGACAAUUUUGUUUACCUGGAUUCCAGUGUAACCAGCAAUUGCUCCUUCAGUGCUGAACUAGACAAGCAGGUGGAGGUGUGGUCUAAACCACUGAGCCUCCUGGGCUUGCCAAUCAGAAGGUCGGCGGUUCGAAUCCCCAUAACGGGGUGAGCUCCCGUUGCUCUGUCCCAGCUCCUGCCAACCUAGCAGUUCGAAAGCACACCGGCGUGAGUAGAUAAAUAGGUACCACUGCAGUGGGAAGGUAAACGGCGUUUCCGUGUGCUCUGGUUUCCGUUAUGUGCCAAAAGUGGUUUAGUCCUGCUGGCCACAUGACCCAGAAAGCUGUCUGUGGAUGAAGGCCGGCUCCCUUGGCCUGAAAGUAAGAUGAGCGCCGUAACCCCAUAGUCGCCUAUGGCUGAACUAAAGCAUCCAGGGGUCUUUUACCUUGACCUUGGCAAGGCAACUGCAGCAAUGUUGACAUCAAAACACCUUGAGAGACAAUGGCUUGCGCCUCUGAGCGUGAAGUCAGAACACUGCAUGAUCAGCCCCAAAGUGACCUCCCUGCGGUGCAAACCUGGGCAGUGUGUCUGGAGACUGAAGGUACAUGCAUCCACAUGUGGUGGAACUGUCAAAAGAUUAGACAAUUUUGGGAAACGAUUUACAAUGAAUUCAACAACAUUUUCAAAUGUUCCUUCCCUAAAAAACCCCGAAGCCUUCCUGCUAGGAAUUAUGGGUAAUGAAAUCACAAAAAAGUUUAGGGACAUCUUCAUGUAGCCGCCAGAAUUUUCAUCAAAAGGUUGGAAGGGAGAUACCAUACCACCCAAAGCAGACUGAAAGUAAAAUUAAGUGCAUAUUUAAGGACUCGGAACACAAUGGGAAGAUUGGAGGUGAUGUUAAAUUGAAUUUCAGAAUGGUGUACAAAACAAGUAUCAACCAAGGAACGAACGAAUGUUUAUUUUUAUUUUGAUAACAACUUUUAUCAAACCUUUCUGUUGUACAGUUUUCAAAACUAAUAAAACAAAAUGUUCUGGGGCCUCCAUUUUUCAUCAGCUCCAACCAGCUUCGAUAGGGGAUGGUGUUCCUGUUUCUGUAGUCCAGCAGAACAUCUGGCAAGUUGCAGGAUUCCCCGUGCCGGGUGUAAGAGUUUUCUUACCCUAGACUCUACCUACUGAGCAGCUUGGAGCCACCAUUUUUAAAUUUCCCACAAUCCCCUGUAGCAACGCUGCGGAUAGGGCAUUCUGGGAAAUUUCUAAAGGAGGGCUCUGAGGCUCACCGAUUCUCCACUCCUGCCCCUUGAACCCGCAGCUGCUAAGGAGCGCUCCCUUCUGUUUAUUUUUUCCAGAGAAGCUGGGCGCUGUCAAAUGGAUUUUGGCCACACGAGAAGCUGUGCUGCCACCCAGGGAGGCAGUGCGUGCAGCGUCCCAGUGGAGAACCUCUUUGCUUUCUACAAAAUAAACCUAACUGCCGAGAGUCGAGGCAUCCAAGUGAGCGCUCCGGAAAUGUGCAUCCAUGGAAUGAGCAUAGGUAAGCAAGGAAACUCGGGGAAGUCUCCUCGCCCUCUGCUGCUACAACAACCCUGCUGUAGCCUUCUUAGAGGUUGAUUCAGAGAAAGAGUUUAUUCUGCUCUCCGGAUAGCAGAAGGCACUUGCGUGGUCAGUUCACAGCAAGUCCAAAGAAAUGAGAGAUUCCAUGAAGUAUAUAUAUCCUCCAGGCACCCUCUCCCCCCUUCCCCAGGAAUCCAGCCACGUAAGCUCAUACACGCAAGUUGACAUCCAUGACCAUAAACAGAUAUUCCUGUUCCGGUACUCUUGACCAUAAAAGGGUGUUCCUGUUCCUGUAUUCCUUAUCUUGGGGUAAGAAGGUCAUCAACUCUAAGAGUACUCCUGGCGCCGUUCCCGGGUGGCUGACAAGGUCUGUGCGUCAGUGUGGUCAGGAUGUAAGAUAAGACCCAGAUGUGUCAUCCCUGCUCCACUUUGGAACUGACAAGGCCAUUCAUUAGGCGUCACGGACUGAUAAAGGAGAGAGCUUUGUUUAUACAGCUGAGUUCCUGUUAUACAUUUGCUCAAGAGCUCAAGUUAAUUGUUUUUAGCUAAUGCACCCUUGGAGAAGGGAGAAUAGGAUUUUGGGGCCCGUUUCAGACUGACUGCACAGUCAGAUUUUAGAUUUGGGAAACCCAUUCCUUCACUGCGAGGUAGGCUAGGCUGAAAAAGAGAGAAAGGGUGUGUCCCCGGUGUCUUCCAUCACCCACUGAGCUUCAUGGCUGUGUAGGAUAUUCAAACCCGGAUCUGCCCAGUCAUUGCCUGACUGAUACACCCUACUGCUUUGAGCAGAACAAGUUGGCUAGAUGGCAAAACAAGUGGAUCCCUCUCCUUUGAUCCACUGGCUGUUCAGGGUUGCAGGGCAGGGUGUGGAAGACCCCUUUGCUAAUUCUGCAACCGGGUUCUAGCAGGGAGUCUGCCUCCAUUGCCUGAGAGCCACCCAAUCAGCAUGAAACGGGAGCUUUUCAGCCACUGAGAAGACUUGUCUUCUCGCCUUUCAUGCUGACUGGAGCCAAUCAGAGUGGAAGGAGGUGGGUCAGUUUCUAAAGUUUAUAGUCUUAAGGUCCAGGCCAUUUGAUUGAUUUAUUUUAAGUCCUCACAAACCCUCAUCAGCAUUGUAAUAAUAAUAAUAAUAAUAAUAAUAAUAAUAAUAAUAAUAAUAAUUUUUAUUUAUACCCCACCCUCCCCAGCCAAGGCCGGCCUCAGGGCAGCCAACAAGCAAUAAUAAAAACAAGUUGAAUGAAUACAACUUAAAAACAAGAUUAAAAUACAACAAUUAAAAUAUUGAAACAUUAAAAUAUUAAAAUGCAGCCUCAUCACAGGAGGAGAAAGGAAAAAGAAAAAAGAAAGAGAGGGAGGGAAUCAAAUUGGCUCCAAGCCAAAGGCCAGGUGGAACAACUCUGUCUUACAGGCCCUGCGGAAAGAGAUCAGAUCCUGCAGGGCCCUGGUCUCAUGAGGAAGAGCGUUCCACCAGGCCGGAGCCAGUGUUGAAAAGGCCCUGGCUCUGUUUGAGGCUAAUCUAACUUCCUUAGGGUCCAGGACCUCUAGGGUGUUGCUAUUUAUGGACCUUGAGGCUCUCUGUGAGGCAUACCGGGAGAGGCGGUCCCGUAGGUACGAGGGUCCUAGGCCGUGCUAAUUUCUCCUGACAAAUCUCUGGGAGCUAUUUGCCCUAAUGUUCACAGUUUGGCUAUGCAAUUUCACAUGAUAUAAUGCAUUUUGCAUGCCAUUUUCAAGAAUGCAUGCACUGAUAGGGACACUUUACCCUGUCAAAUGCUUUUUUUGUCUGUAUGCAUUACUUUGUUGGAGGGCCGCAUUGCAAAAUUCAGACAUGUACCAAUUUCAGAGAAUGGCUGUGAUUUGGCAAAUUAGGUAGAUCAGCUUAGUUUAUGAACAACAUGUAAAUAGAACACUUCAAACCUGGAAGUAGGUGUUCUGGUUUGUGAACUUUGCCUUGGAAGCAGAACAUGUUCCGCUUCCUGUUGAGUGUGUUCUGUUUGUAAAUUGAGUCCCCUGCUGCUAAUCAGCUGUUGAGUCUGUCAGCUGUUGAGUCCUGAGGACCCACACGACACAGAGGUGAUAUUUGGAGCUUUUGUUUUCGCUAUUUUUUUGCGGUUUUUAUGUGUGGCUUUUCCGGUUUUUUUGACUGUGACUUGUUCUUCGUUUUAUGGGACUGACUUGUGACUGCAGCUUGUGACUUCUUCGUUUUUGUGACUGUGGCUUGUAACUUGGUUUUUGUGACUGGUUUUUGUGACUGAGUGGAACCCAGUUCAGCUACUGAUUGAUUGAUUGAUUGAUUGAUUGUGUAACUGCAGAAAUGGAUAAAAACCCCCCAUCCAAACAAUGACUAUCAUCAGUGCACGUAAGAGAGAGAAAAAUAAUUUUAAUUUUAACCUCUACAAUACUGUCUUAUUUAUUUUAUAGGACAGUACAUUGUUCAUUGCUUUCAUUUUAUGGAUCAAUGGUCUUGUUAGGUAGUAAAAAUUCAUGUUCAAUUGCUGUUUUGGGGGUUGCUUUUAAAAGUCUGGAACGGAUUAUUCCGUUUUGCAUUGCUUUUUAUGGGAAAGCGUGCCUUGGUUUUAGAACGCUUUGGUUUUGAAACGGACUUCCGGAACGGAUUACGUUUUGGAAGCAAGGUACCACUGUAUUAUUAUUAUUAUUGCACAACUAUGAUAUCAUUGUAGAAUCCAAGAAGGUUGUAUACUCUUCAAAGGGGGUGUUGCUGCGACUAUCAGGAUGGGACCCCUGCCCUUCUGGGUUUGACACUGCGCCGUUGGAUACAGAUACAAACUUUCUUUUCCCACCCCACAUCUAGUGAAACUGAGCGCACCUGAAGUUAGCAUCGCCGAAGCAAACAAGUCGCGGUGCUUCUAUCUGGAAUGGAACAUCCCUGGCGAUGAGGUACUAUCUGUGUUAGAAACCGAGUAUGAGAUCCAGUUCCGCGAUGUGGCAGAGACGUCUUGGAUGCAGGUGAGCAGGCAGGAUCCUUUGCCCGGUGGCUUCUGUGGCGCAGAUCUGUUGCAACGUAUUUGUGUAGUGCCCUGUGUCUUGACGUUUGAUUGAAAGACAGGUCUCUGCCCCAAGGGGGCUUGCAAAUUGUACUUUUGAGAGUGUAUUAACUUAUGGUCUGUGUGCGUGGUUUGGGAGCUGCACCGCCAGGGAAAAAACAAUGCUGUCCAGGGUUGUAACAACUGUGGAGACAAUAAUUGGGUGCACUCUUCCCACCUUGGAUCAAAUCUAUGUUUCCAGGUACCAUAAGAAAGCUGCAGAGAUAGCACAGGAUAGUGCGCACCCUGGAAAUUAUCUCUUUCAGCUUCUGCCUUCUGGAAGAAGGUACAGGGUUAUAAAGACUAGGACUAGCCACCUGAGAAACAGUUCCUAUUCAAAUGUGAUUUUGGUUUUAAACGCAGGGUAAGGUAGUCUCUGGGACGCGGGUGGCGCUGUGGGUUAAGCCACUGAGCCUAGGACUUGCUGAUCAUAAGGUCGGUGGUUCAAAUCCCUGCAACAGGGUGAGCUCCCGUUGCUCGGUCCCAGCUCCUGCCAACCUAGCAGUUCGAAAGCACAUCAAAGUGCAAGUAGAUAAAUAGGUACCGCUCCAGUGGGAAGGUAAACGGCGUUUCUGUGCCCUGCUCUGGUUCACCAGAAGCGGUUUAGUCAUGCUGGCCACAUGACCCAGCCAGUAAAGCGAGAUGAGCGCCACAACCCCAGAGUCGGUCACAACUGGACCUAAUGGUCAGGGGUCCCUUUACCUUUUUAAGGUAGUCUCUAUGGGAGUAUAUUUAAUGAUGGGGUAUCAGAGUUUUAAGGGGGCUAACCAGGCUGGGAUAGCUGGGAUAGCUAGACUGGGGACUGGGAGCAGCCACUGAGACCAUAUAACACCGGUCCCGAGUCUUAAGUUCCAGUCUUUUUUCUUUUUUUAAAGUCCUCAUUAAACCUCAUCAGUAUUGUAGUGCUAAUUUCUCCUGACAAAUCUUUGGAAGCCAUUUGCCCUAAUAUUCACAUUUUGGCUACGCAAUUUCACAUAAUAUAAUGCAUUUUGCAUGCCAUUUUCACGAAUGCAUGCAUUUAUGGGCACACUUUACCUUAUCGAAUGCUUUUUUUUGUACGCAUUACUUUGUUGGAGGGCCUCGUUGCAAAAUCCAGACAUGUACCAAUUUCAAAGGAUGGCUGUGAUUUGGCAAAUUAUGUAGAUCUGCCUUUACUUACCAACCGAAUAAGAGUACCAUAUUUUUCGCUCUAUAAGACGCACCAGACCACAAGACACACCUAGUUUUUGGAGGAGGAAAACAAGAAAAAAAAUAUUCUGAAUCUCAGAAGCCAGAACAGCAAGAGGGAUUGCUGCGCAGCGAAAGCAGCAAUCCCUCUUGCUGUUCUGGCUUCUGAGAUAGCUGCGCAGCCUGCAUUCGCUCCAUAAGACGCACACACAUUGCCCCUUACUUUUUAGGAGGGAAAAAGUGAGUCUUAUAGAGCAAAAAAUACAGUAGAUCUGCCUUUACUUACCAACUGAAUAAGAGUAUUUCACCCGCCUCAAUUUGCAGUGGCAGCUCAGCUUUAAAAACACGCGAAGCGCUAAACCGUGCUCCCCCCUCCCCAAUAUUUCUCCUCCCACAAAGGUCAAUCUUACAUUGUCUGAAAAUGCCCCCGGCUUCGCAAACAUCUGCCACGUCGCCCCCUUCACCAACUACUCUGUCCGAGUGAGGGCAAAAUACCUCCAUGAAGUUUCCUUCGCCAUCAGUGGCGGGCGUCCUCCCUGGAGUGACUGGAGCGGUGAGAGAUUUGUGAGAACCCUGCCUGAAGGUAAGGUGACCUCUGCUAUGCUUGGAGGCGACACUGGAUUGCAGGGGGUUGGUCUAGAUGGCCCUGGGAUACCCUCCCAGCUCUACUGUUAAGGUUCCAAGGGGUUGCUCGAGAGCAAGCAGGCAAAUAAUAUAAUAAUAAUAAAAAUAACUUAUUAUUUAUACCCCGCCCAUCUAGCUGAGUUUCCCCAGCCACUCUGGGCGGCUCCCAAUCAAGUGUUAUAAACAAUACAGCGUUAAAUAUUAAAAACUUCCCUGAACAGGGCUGCCUUCAGAUGUCUUUUAAAGAUAAGAUAGCUGCUUAUUUCCUUCACAUCUGAAGGGAGGGCGUUCCACAGGGCGGGCGCCACCACCGAGAAGGCCCUGUGUCUGGUUCCCUGUAACCUCACUUCUCGCAAUGAGGGAACCGCCAGAAGGCCCUCGGAGCUGGACCUCAGUGUCCGGGCAGAACGAUGGGGGUGGAGACUAUCCUUCAGGUAUAAGGAUCGAGGCCGUUUAGGGCUUUAAUGCCUCCCUGCUCGGCUGUGAAGCCUUGCUUUUGAUGCCAAAAUAAACUUUAUCGGUCCAGAGCACCACUCUCCCGUGGCUGGCUCAUUCACUGGCAGAAUCUAUGAGUCGGCUAUCCUUAAACCUUCCCCAGCAGAGUAGUUUCUUGACGCCCAAUCUGCGCCUCCCCUCUCUGCGUGGAAGCCUACUGCGCAAGGAGAGCGUGGGUAACGGAGGACCUCUCUCCUCCCCGCUUGCCCAAGCCAGGUGUCCUGGCGCCGCCUCGCCUCCUGCGAGCCCUGCAGCUCCUCUCCACUGGCGGCGUGGUUCCUCUCCUCCGCUGAGGAGGAGCUGCUUCCCACGAUCUUUGGGGGGCUCUCUGUAAUCCAGCCAGCUUUUCCCUCUCCCCCUGAGCCCAUGGCAGUUCCUGACAUCUACAGUUCUAUGAAUCUACGACAGAGGGGCUCAGAUGCUUGCAUGAAUGGGAGGGCCAAUUGUGCCUCUAGUUCAGGCAUAGGCAAACUCGGCCCUCCAGAUGUUUUGGGACUACAACUCCCAUCAUCCCUGACCACUGGUCCUGUUAGCUAGGGGUGAUGGGAGUUGUAGUCAUCUGGAGGGCCGAGUUUGCCUGUGCCUGCUCCAAUUUCAUAAUGUCGUGUAUCUCUUGUAUCUCUUUUUGCCUUCUGCCUUCUCUUGACAUGAGAAGAGUUUGCAGGAUUUGGCCAACGGCCCCUGUAGUCCAGCAUCCUGUUCUGGGAAACCCGCAAUCAGGAUUCGAACACAACUCUCCCAUCCUGUGGCUCCCAGCGACUGGUAUUUGGAAGAAUUGUUGACUCCAACUUGGGAGACAGAGCCUCUGGCCUUUUCCUCCGUGAAUUUGUCUAAUCUUCUUUCAAAGCCAUCCCAGUUUGGUGGUCAACAUCAUGGCCUCCCAGGGGUGGCGGUGGAGCGAAUUCUGUAAUAAUAAUAAUAAUUAUUAUUAUUAUUUAUUAUUUAUACCCCGCCCAUCUGGCUGAGUUUCCCCAGCCACUCCGGGCGGCUCCCAAUCAAGUGUUAAAAACAGUACAGCGUUAAAUAUUAAAAACUUCCCUAAACAGGGCUGCCUUCAGACGUCUUUUAAAGAUAGGAUAGCUGCUUAUUUCCUUCACAUCUGAAGGGAGGGUGUUCCACAGGGCAGGCGCCACCACCGAGAAGGCCCUCUGUACUUUGCGCUGGGUGAAUAAAGUGCUUUCUCUGAUCUAAUAAUAAUAAAUUUUUAUUUAUAUCCCACCCUCCCCAGCCGAAGCCGGGCUCAGAGUGGCUAACAACAGUAAAAUAAUACAGCAUUCUAAAAUUCAUUAUAAAAUCAGUUCAAAUCAAAUUAAUGGCAACCAUGGAGCUAGAGUUCUGUGAGGAUUACCAAAGGAGGGGGUCAGGCUGUGCCCUGGCCAAAGGCCUGGUGGAACAGCUCCGUCUUGCAGGCCCUGCGGAAAGAUGUCAAGUCCCACAGGGCCCUGGUCUCUUGUGGCAGAGCGUUCCACCAGAUCGGAGCCACAGCCGAAAAGGCCCUGGCUCUGGUUGAGGCCAGCCUAACCUCCCUGUGGCCCGGGACCCACAAUAUGUUUUUGUUUGAAGACCAUAAGGUCCUCCGUGGGACAUACCAGGAGAGGCGGCUCCGUAGGUACGAGGGUCCUAGGCCUGUAUUGAACCUCAACGUUUUGCUUCCGCUGCAGUUCCGUCGACAGGGCCAGCACUUUGGAGGAAAUUAGGACACUCCGAUGGCUAUGGAAACAGAGUGGUCGUCCUCAUGUGGAAGGUAAGGACGGAUAUCCAAUGCACCAACACCGUGGAGUAAAAGGGUUCUGCAAUGUGCCAAGAGUCGCAGGCGACAUGGUGCCAACAUCAUUGUCUGAGCGCAAGCCUGUUGCUGGACGGGUGAAAGAUUUGCUGCAGACAGACAGCAUCUCGAGGUCCCGAGGGCCACAUUUGUUGUAUAUGAUGUAAAGUAAAGGUAAAGGGACCCCUGACCAUUAGGUCCAGUCGUGGCCGACUCUGGGGUUGCGGCGCUCAUCUCGCUUUACUGGCCGAGGGAGCCGGUGUACAGCUUCCAGGUCAUGUGGCCAGCAGGACUAAGCCGCUUCUGGCGAACCAGAGCAGCGCACGGAAACGCUGUUUACCUUCCUGCCAGAGUGGUACCUAUUUAUCUACUUGCACUUUGACGUGCUUUCGAACUGUUAGGUUGGCAGGAGCAGGGACCGAGCAACGGGAGCUCACCCCGUCAUUGCGGGGAUUCGAACCACUGACCUUCUGAUUGGCAAGUCCUAUGCUCAGUGGUUUAACCCACAGCACCACCCGCGUCCAUGUAUAUGAUGUAGGGACACGCAUGUGAUGUUUGGUGUCCAGUGGUACCCCCAGCUGCGGACAGGAUCCAUUCCAGAGCACUGGUCAGAUCCCGAGGUUUCUGCUGCCGGAGGGACCGCUUCUGUGCAUGCGCACGUAGCAAAAGCCCGGAAAUAUUACUGUAUUUUUCUGUCUAUAAGACACCCCCAUGUACAGUAUAAGCCGCCCCCUAUUUUUUGGGACUCUGAUUUAAGAAAAUAGGGGGAGAUAGCCCCCAUGUAUAAGACACCCCCAAAUACUGGACAUUAUUUUUUAGGGGGGAAAUCUAGUCCUAUACACAGAAAAAUACGGUACUUCUGGGUUUGCCACUAACGUAUCCCAAAGUUUACGUAACCAGAGGGAUACGUAAGCAGAGGUAUGACUGUAUAUGAUGUUUGGUGUAGGGACAGGGGUGGCGCUGCGGUCUAAACCACUGAGUCUCUUGGGCUUGCCCAUCGGAAGGUCAGCCGGUCGAAUCCCGCGACGGGGUGAGCUCUUGUUGCUCUUACCCAGCUCCUGCCAACCUAGCAGUUCGAAAGCAUGCCAGGGUGAGUAGAUAAAUAGGUGCUGCUGUGACGGAAAGGUAAAUGGCGUUUCCGUGUGCUCUGGUUUCUGUCACGGUGUCUCGUUGCUCCAGAAGCGGUUUAGUUCUGCCGGCCACACGACCCGGAAAGAAGAAGAGAAGAAGAGUUUGGAUUUGAUAUCCCGCCUUUCACUCCCUUUAAGGAGUCUCAAAGAGGCUAACAUUCUCCUUUCCCUUCCUCCCCCACAGCAAACACUCUGUGAGGUGAGUGGGGCUGAGAGACUUCAGAGAAGUGUGAGUAGCCCAAGGUCACCCAGCAGCUGCAUGUGGAGGAGCGGAGAUGCGAACCCGGUUCACCAGAUUACUAGACUACCGCUCUUAACCACUACACCACACUGGCUCUCGGACAAAGCUGUCUGCGGACAAACGCCAGCUCCCUGGACCUGAAAGAUGAGCACCACAACCCCAUAGUCACCUUUGACUGGACAUAACUGUCCAGGGGUCCUUUACCUUUUUUACCUAUAUGAGAUAUCCUCCUUUCUUUCGCGAUCCUCGUUGCUGAGUAAGAUUGUCUUCCAUAAACACAAUUCUAUCAAUGAAUCCGUAAGUGACUGUGGAAGCCAAUAGUGUCUGAAAUAGUACAGGAGAGGAAUCCUGAAGCCGUUUUGACUCUCCCAAAUUGACCUCAAAUAUUUCUCUGCAAGGAGGAAGGAAAUGGGGAAAGCUUUUCAGUUGUCUUUGGACUGUAGGGGCUUACACCUCCCUUUGCAAAUACAGCCUGAGGAGUAUCUGCUAAGCUGAGCAUACUCUCAACAUGCCUAAGAGAUUCAGGAACUAAGUAUUUACCAUCUCCAAGGAAUGGCCAGGCUACCCAGAAAAGGCAAUCAGAUAAGGCAUUGUCAGGUAUCCUGGCAGACAGGAGAGAAGCAACACACUCCAAUUUCUGCUGGGGACCACCUCUUUCUGUGAUGUAUGCAUGAUGUUUUGGGGGGUGGUCUUGGGCUACGGGGUGGGCAAUUCAAAAGUCUCUAUAAGAGCUUGCACACCAAUUUCUGGGUUCCUCUCCUCCCUCCCUGCGUGGGGUGAGCUGGGGACCCUGUUGCAAUAAUAAAGAUCAGACUUACUAGCUGCUUUGCUUCUCAAUAUUCUCUGGUUGGCCUCUGUUAUUUUCUCAUACCAAUAGAGAACCUACAUAAGGACUCAAUAAUAAGAAUAAGAAUAAGAAUAAGAAUAAGAAUAAGAAUAAGAAUAAUUUAUUAUUUGUACCCCGCCCCUCUGGCUGGGCUUCCCAGCCACUCUGGGUGGCUUAAACAACAUAUUAAAAUACAGUAAUGCAUCAAACAUUAAAAGCUUCCCUAAACAGGUCUGCCUUCAGAUGUCUUCUAAAAGUCUGGUAGUUGUUGUUCUCUUUGACAUCUGGUGGGAGGGCGUUCCACAGGGCGGGUGCCACCACCGAGAAGGCCCUCUGCCUGGUUCCCUGUAACUUGGCUUCUCGCAGCAAGGGAACCGCCAGAAGGCCCUCGGUGCUGGACCUCAGUGUCCGGGAUGAAUGAUGGGGGUGGAGAUGCUCCUUCAGGUAUACUGGACCGAGGCCGUUUAAGGCUUUCAAGGUCAGCACCAACAUUUUGAAUUGUGCUUGGAAACAUACUGGGAGCCAAUGUAGGUCUUUCUUGGAUAUCACAAAAGGGGGAAAGGAGCAGUUUUUUCUUAUAGCAGUUGCAAACUUUUCCUUUUGCUUCCUCCCUUCAGCCCCUGACGCCAAAGGAGGCAAACGGCGAGAUUCUGGGAUACAGCCUUCACUCACAAAAGAGAGGGGAGCCCGCGAUGUUGCAAUGCUUCACUCCAAACCUGCAGUGUAGCCUUCUCCUCCCGGCCAGAGAGGAAUUUACGUUCUUUGUGGUGGCCACUAACAUGGUGGGCAUGUCUCCUCCGACCAAACUCGUAGUCCCGCCAUCCGGCGGUCAAGAAGGUGAAGUAGGAGGGUGGGGAACAGCAAAUGCCAUUUUUAGGUAAAGGGACCCCUGACCAUUAGGUCCACUCGUGACCAACUCUGGGGUUGCGGCGCUCAUCUCGCUUUACUGGCCAAGGGAGCUGGCGUACAGCUUCCGGGUCAAGUGGCCAGCAGGACUAAGCCACUUCUGGCGAACCAGAGCAGCGCACGGAAACACUGUUUACCUUCCCGCCGGAGCGGUACCUAUUUAUCUACUUGCACUUUGACGUGCUUUCGAACUGCUAGGUUGGCAGGAAAUGCCAUUUUUACCUUUGUGCAAUAGGCUGGAUUCUACCCACAUUCGCACAGCAAGAGCUUUUGUCAAGCAAGCAAGACUUCACGGACACAUUCCUUAGGCCCAGGCUAUCCGAAGGACCGCAUCCUCCCAUAGGGGAGCGGGUGGCGCUGUGGUCUAAACUACCCAUCCUCCUGGGUUUGCCGAUCAGAAGGUCAGCAGUUCGAAUCCCCACAACAGAGUGAGCUCCUAUUGCUCCGUCCCAGCUCCUGCCAACCUAGCAGUUCGAAAGCACGCCUGCACAAGUAGAUAAAUAGGUUCCACUGCAGCAGGAAGCUAAACGGCGUUUCCGUGCACUCUGUUUCCGUCACAUGUCCCGUUGCACCAGAAGCGGUUUAGUCCUGCCGGCAACACAACCCGGAAAGCUGUCUGCGGACAAACGCUGGCUCCCUCGCCCCAAAAGCAAGAUGAGCACCGCAACCCCAUAGUCGCCUUUAACCGGACUUAACCGUCCAGGGGUCCUUUGCCUUAUCCUCUUGUACGAACCUGCCCUGAGACUUUUUGGGGAAGCUCUGCUCUAUGGCACGCUUGGGGGUGGGGAAUGAGGGAGAAGGCCUUCUCGGCUGUUGCUCCUAAUCUUCGGGUCUUCUGACCAAACUGGCAUUUUGGAAUGUUGGUGAGCAUUCCGUGACGUUCUUUUUUUUUUGCUCCUAGCUCUCCUGUCCCCGCUGCCCAUCCUGGUGUCUCCAGCAGGGGACCACAGCCUCCUCUUACGCUGGCCCCUCCCAAGCAACCCAGUGACAGUCUACAUUUUCGAAUGGGGUCAACUACCCGCAAAAGAGGGCAGAGAUAUAUCCUGGCAUUAUCAGCCAGCGAGCGUUGGCCAUGCGCUCAUCACAGGUGAGUCAACCGUGUGACGCAGCAGCAAAAGAAGCUAAUGCGAUUAUUGGCUGCAUCAGCAGAAUUCCGGUGAUGGGGGGGGGCAGGGAAACCCAAACGUUUUGGGCUAAUUUCCCUCUUGUGGAAUCUUUUUAUUCCUUUCCAGAAGCAAUCAAGCCAGGAAAGCUCUAUGAACUGAAAGUUUUCACCCUCGUAGAUGGCAAAAUCUGGGCUUCGGGUUCGACCAGUGCUUACUCCAAACAGAUUGGUAGGUGGGACCAGAAAGUAUUCCAUUAUUCCAUCCAUCGAAACUUAUUUGUUGUUGUUGUUCAUUCGUGUCCGCCUCUUCGUGACCCCCUGGACCAGAGCACGCCAGGCGCUCCUGUCUUCCACUGCCUCCCACAGUUUGGUCAAACUCAUGCUGGUAGCUUCGAGAACACUGUCCAACCAUCUCGUCCUCCGUCAUCCCCUUCUCCUCGUGCCCUCCAUCUUUCCCAACAUCAGGGUCUUUUCCAGGGAGUCUUCUCAUGAUGUGGCCAAAGUCUGGAUAGUCUUCUCAAAGGUACCAGCAUGAGUCUGACCAAACUGUGGGAGGCAGUGGAAGACAGGAGCGCCUGGCGUGCUCUGGUCCAGGGGGUCACGAAGAGGCGGACACGACUAAACGACUAAACAACAACAACAAUAUAAUAAACACCUAACUACAAGUUCCUGGUUCCUGCUUUGUCCAUCCUGUCUGCAGCCAAGUUGCCAAUUGCAUCGCAAACUCUGCAUUUACUCUGCUAGGUCUGGCUAAGGUCCUGCAACAAGUCAGAAAGUUGCGAAACACCAAUAGGUUUUGCCAAUAGGAGACAGGAAUACUAAAGCAAGCAAUGAGGAGAGAAACUAGCCAUCAAAUCACAUAUCAUGUCUGUGGCCACAGCAUGAACCACAAAAAUCAUACAUCCACUGUUUCAUUCAGAAUAUUUUUUUCUUGUUUUCCUCCUCUAAAAACUAGGUGCAUCUUAUGGGGCGACAAAUACGGUAACUGCAGAGUUUGAUUUGUGUGUCUGUGGCACUGUGCGUUAAACCACAGAGCCUAGGGCUUGCCGAUCAGAACGUCGGCGGUUCGAAUCCCCACAAUGCGGUGAGCUCCCGUUGCUCGGUCCCAGCUCCUGCCAACCUAGCAGUUCGAAAGCACGUUAAAGUGCAAGUAGAUAAAUAGGUACCACUCCGGCAGGAAGGUAAACGCCGUUUCCAUGCGCUUAUCUGGUUCGCCAGAAGAGGUUUAGUCCUGCUGGCCACAUGACCCGGAAGCUGUACGCCGGCUCCCUCGGCCAAUAAAGCGAGAUGAGCGCCGCAACCCCAGAGUUGGUCACGACUGGACCUAAUGGUCAGGGGUCCCUUUACCUUUACCUUUAAACGGAUACUCAUCUUUCGCCCUCUCCUCUCCUCCCCCCCUUUCCUUCCUCCUUCCCUCUUUCUCCAGCUCCACUGCGUGCGCCGACAUUAUAUCCCGUCCGAGUCUGGAAGUCCCGGGUCGAGUUGCAGUGGGAGAUUCUCCCUUUGGAGGAACGCGGAGGCGUGAUACGGAACUACACCGUCUUCUACAAAAAAGAGGGUGACAACGAGCAUAGUAAGGGUGUGAUUCGUUCUGUUCUGACAGGGAACACGCCCCCCCCCCAUCACCAAAAAUGUGGCUGUGGUUGCUUUAACAUUUUUUUAAAAGACACACCAAGUUUCUAGACCUCAUGGCAAGGGUAGGCAAACUAAGGCCCGGAGGCCGGAUCCGGCCCAAUCGCCUUCUCAAUCCGGCCCACGGACGGUCCAGGAAUCAGUGUGUUUUUACACGAGUAGAAUGUGUGCUUUUAUUUAAAACCCAUCUCUGGGUUAUUUGUGGGGCAUAGGAAUUCGUUCAUUAUUAUUUUUUUCAAAAUAUAGUCUGGCCCCCCACAAGGUCUGAGGGACAGUGGACCGGCCCCCUGCUGAAAAAGUUUGCUGACCCCUGCCUUAAGGAGGUGAAAGGCAUGUUUCAUUGGGUUGAAGUAACUCACACAAAGAUCUCAGGUGCUAGAUGAGGGCCUAAGUUGCACCUGCAGAAACCUCAGCUCCUUGGGAAACUUUUUUUUAUAUUUUUAACACUGCCCCCCCACGCACAAGCAGAACAAAACCAAAGUGUUCCAAAACCAAGGUGCGCUUUCCCAUAGAAAGCAAUACAAAAUGGAUUAAUCCGUUCCAGACUUUUAAAAACAACCCCUAAAACAGCGAUUUAACAUGAAUUUUACUAUCUAACGAGACUACCGAUCCAUAAAAUGAAAGCAACAAUCAGUGUACAGUGUUACCUCGGGUUACAUACGCUUCAGGUUACAGACGCUUCUGGUUACAGACUCCCCUAACCCAGAAAUAUUACCUCGGGUUAAGAACUUUGCUUCAGGAUGAGAACAGAAAUCGCGCGGCAGCAGCAGGAGGUCCCAUUAGCUAAAGUGGUGCUUCAGGUUAAGAACAGUUUCAGGUUAAGAACAGACCUCCGGAACGAAUUAAGUACUUAACCCGAGGUACCACUGUACUGCACUAUAAAAUAAAUAAGACAGUGUUGUAGAUGACAAAAAUUAAAAUUAAUUUUUUUUCCUUACCUGCACUGACGAUAGUCAUUGUUUGCAUGGGGGGCUUUUAUCCAUUUCCACAGUCGCACAGUCAAUCCAUCAGUAGCUGAACUGGGUUCCACACAGUCACAAAAACCAAUGAACCGACAAAGCCACAAAAACGCAAAAUAAAUAGCAAAAACAAAAGCGCCAAACUUAAUCCGUUCCGGUUUGACUUCCGAAAUGUUCGAAAACCAAGGCGCGGCUUCUGAUUGGUGCAGGCGCCCCGGAAACAAUAGCCUGUUGGGUUGAAAUCACGACAGACGAAUGGUGGGUGUCAAAGGAGAGACGUCUGCCCGGGGCAAGUCCCGGGAACUCUCUUUUAUUGAAUAUUACAAACAUUGCCACAGGUGUGCUUGUGGCUGAUUGGCUGAUACAAACACAAAGCAUCUUGUUGCUGAUUGGUUAACAUAGGUACAAGGCGGGCAUUACAUAUUACAUUAAUCAGUGAUAGUUCAAAAGACUGGGAGCGGAGUUGGAACUAGACAGGCAUGAAUCCUCCUAAUUAAAUUGUAACUAAGAUUAAUAUUGAGAGAACAUAACAUGAAGGAAUACAACAAUCACGUUCCGUAAAUGUGGUCAGCAAAGCAUUAAGAACAGGUCAGGGUACACUGUUUCAUGAACUCAAUGGGAACUGUUCAGAACAUUCUCAGACUUAUGUGCAGAGGCAAAAACUUCCCAGAAUGUAAGAGAGAAAAGAAGCAAUAGUUCUCAUAGUGAGCAUAGAAAGAUUUCAUAGUAAGACUUCCCAUAAUGCCACAGUUAUGUGCAGUAAGAGAACUGCAGAAAGAGAACUUCACAGUGAGAGAACUGCAGAAAGAAAACUUCCCUUCAAUAGCCGACAGCCGCAACGGACGCUCGGCUUCCGGAAAACGUUCGUAAACCGGAACACUUACUUCCGGGUUUGCGGCGUUUGGGAACCAAGGUGUUUGAGUCCCAAGGCGUUUGAGUCCCAAGGCGUUUGAGAACCAAGGUACCACUGUACUCACGGGGGCGAACCCAAUGUCCUAAUGGGAAUCUGAAAAACAGGACCCAAGCACAACGCCACUCUACCCUCUUGGUGUUUCUUGCAACUGGUCUUCAAAAGUAUCGCAGCCUCCUCUGACUAUGGCUGGUAGCCAUUUUGUAGCCUUCUUCUGGCCUCAGGAACAGCCCCUCUGUCUUGUUUUCCAGCGGCGGUUGUCCUGGACAGCUCCGUACACGGCUACCUCAUUGAAGGCCUGGCUCCUAGCUCCGCCGUGACGGUCUUCAUCACCGUCGCCAACGAUGGAGGGAGCACAGACGGACCCGUUCUGACCAUCCACACCAAGGACUCCGGUGAGGGAACAUGGUGGGGUUUCCUGGGGUUGCAUUUUCGCUCCGUCCCUGCGUCCGAAGUGUUGCCGCCUUUCCCAUUCAGCCCCGUGCUUGCGCCUUUAAUAAUAGUUUAUUAUUUAUACCCCGCCCAUCAGGCUGAGUUUCCCCAGCCACUCUGGGCGGCUUCCAAUCAAGUGUUAAAAACAAUACAGCAUUAAAUAUUAAAAACUUCCCUGAACAGGGCUGCCUUCAGAUGUCUUUUAAAAAGAAGAUAGCUGCUUAUUUUCUUUACAUGUGAAGGGAGGGCGUUCCACAGGGCGGGUGCCACCACCGAGAUGGCCCUCUGCCUGGUUCCCUGUAACCUUACUUCUCGCAAUGAGGGAACUGCCAGAAGGCCCUCGGCGCUGGAUCUCAGUGUCCGGGCAGAACAAUGGAGGUGGAGACGCUCCUUCAGGUAUACUGGACCGAGGCCGUUUAGGGCUUUCAAGGUCAGCACCAACACUUUGAAUUGUGCUCGGAGACUUACUGGGAGCCAAUGCAGAUCUCUCAGGACCAGUGUUAUGUGGUCCCGGCGGCCACUCCCAGUCACCAGUCUAGCUGCCGCAUUCUGGAUUAAUUGCAGUUUCCGGGUCACCUUCAAAGGUAGCCCCACGUAGAGCGCAUUGCAGGAGUCCAAGCGGGAUAUAAUAGGGUCCUCUUCCGCCAGGCAGUAGGAAGCUGCAUUCUGGAAGCUGCCAGACCAUUGGAGUAGCAUGACAACAGCCUUACAACUUAUUAUAUGGCAAGAUAAGAUACGGAGAAGCAGAAGGCCUGCUCAAGAUCCAGCAACUUUUUGUACUGAUCCAUAAAACUAUCCAAGCGACCCGUUUACUGGAUACCCCCUCUAAAAGAGGCAGCCGUGGGGUUAUUUUCAUAGAAGCCCAUGUUUUACCCCCAUUUACUUGCUCGUUGGGACGCAGGUAGCUCUGUGGAUUAAACCACAGAGCCUAGGACUUGCUGAUCAGAAGGUCGGCGGUUCGAAUCCCCGCGACGGGGUGAGCUCCCAUUGCUCGGUCCCUGCUCCUGCCAAGCUAGCAGUUCGAAAGCACGUCAAAGUGCAAGUAGAUAAAUAGGUACCACUCUGGCAGGAAGGUAAACGGCAUUUCCGUGCGCUGCUCUGGUUCGCCAGAAGCGGCUUAAUCAUGCUGGCCACAUGACCCGGAAGCUGUACGCCGGCUCCCUCGGCCAGUAAAGUGAGAUGAGCGCCACAACCCCAGAGUCGGCCACGACUGGACCUAAUGGUCAGGGGUCCCUUUACCUUUACCUUUUACUUGCUCGUUACAGUUGCUCUACACUGAAUCAGUCAAUUUAUUUGUUUCUUUGUUUUAUUUGCGUUUCUGAUACAUUUCAACAGAAGGGGAAACCGAAAGUAAUAAAAACUAAGGUGGGGGAAGAGUUACAUAUUACAUAUUCUAUUACAUUCAAAAAUACACUCCAAGGACUCAGCUACAUUAGUAAAAGGAGGUGGGCAGGUGUGGGGACUCCCUGGUCCUGAAUGGGGUAACUGUGCCCCUGAAGGACCAGCUGCGCAGCCUGGGAGUCAUUUUGGACUCACAACUGUCCAUGGAGGCACAGGUCAAAUCUGUGUCCAGGGCAGCUGUUUAUCAGCUUCAUCUCGUACGCAGGAUGAGACCCUACCUGCCCGCAAACUCUCUUGCCAGAGUGGUGCAUGCUUUGGUUAUCUCUCACUUGCACUACUGCAAUGCGCUCUGUGUGGAGCUACCUUUGAAGGUGACCCGGAAACUAUAAUUAAUCCAAAAUGCGGCAGCCAGACUGGGGACUGGGAGCGGCCGCCGAGACCACAUAACACCGGUCUUGAAAGACCUACACUAGCUCCCAGUACGUUUCCGAGCACAAUUCAAAGUGUUGGUGCUGACCUUUAAAGCCCUAAAUGGCCUCGGUCCUGUAUACCUGAAGGAGCGUAUCGACCCCCAACGUUCUGCCCGGACACUGAGGUCUUGCGCCGAGGGCCUUCUGGCAGUUCCCUCCCUGCGAGAAGUGUGGUUACAGGGAACCAGACAGAGGGCCUUCUUGGCAGUGGUACCUGCCCUGUGGAACACCCUCCCACCAGAUGUCAAAGAGGAAAAUAACUACCAAACUUUUAGAAGACACCUGAAGGCAGCCCUGUUUAGGGAAGCUUUUAAUGUUUAAUAGGUUAUUGUAUUUUAGUGUUUUGUUGGAAGCCGCCCAGAGUGGCUGGGGGUCCCAGCCAGAUGGGCGGGGUAUAAAUAAUAAAUUAUUAUUAUUAUUAUUAUUAUUAUUAUUAUUAUUAUUAUUUUAUUUUAAAAAACACACCACAGUGUUUUGAAUGCAUUACAAACAUGCAUCACCAGAUGGCGCAGCAGAGCAGAAAACUUUUAUGUACUGUUUUACAUAGUGGUUCCCAACCCCCUGUAAUUCUGUGAAAUAAACAAUGCUGUGGCUGUAUCCAUGUGGAUGGCAGGAGCGGGUGGCGUUGGUUUCUCUUUGCUGAAUGCCCCGGCCUCCAAGAUCUGAAGUUCCCUCUUUCUCCCUCUGCUUUCUCGGCAGAUUACGGCGAAACCGAAAUUCUGUCCUCCGUCCUUUGCGUGGGGUUCCUCUUCAUUCUGCUUGCUGGAUCCCUGGCCUGCCUCUGGAAGCAUCAGUUGUGCGUGUCCAUAAAGCAUCGCCUUCCCCAUCCCACUAGGCCCAACCCGUCGUUUGCUAGGGCUCCCAACUUUUUCUUCUCUCUCUCUUUUAAAAAUAACAUCCUCCAGAGAGGGCUUAAAGGAAUCAUUUUGCCACUUGGGACUGCAUGACUCAAGAAAACACCCUGAGCAUAGCUGUCAAGCGUCCCUUAUUUGGUGGGAAAGUCCCUUAUCCCAGCGCCAUGUCCCGCUGCUGUUCCUUAUUGAUGGAUGUCCCUUAAAUUUCCCAGGUUUCCAAGGGAGCAGCUCCUCUCCCUCCCUCCUUGCUGGCCAGGGAGGAGGGAGGCUCCAACUGUGUUGCUUGGCUGCCCAGUCCGCCCCCCUCCGGCCUCCUUUCACCAGCCUCGGCCCCCGGGAGCCCCUCGCCGCCGGGACUGGCGGGAGCCUCGGGCCCUUCCGCCACCAUCCUCCUCGCGGCCGCCAAACUGAGCAUCUCUGCCUGGGGCCUCCCCUCUGCCUGUCACCGCUGCUCCCACUAGGCCAUACUGCAGCUGCGCCACCGAAGGACCCGGAUGAGAUGGGCAGCCUGGCAUGGCCUAUGAAUUGUUGAGGAGCCCUGAGAGGAGAGCGAGGGCAACCAUAGAGAAAGCAGUUCAGAGAGAGGAGGAAGAGGAGGAGGCGGAGGAGCAGGCAGGUGUUCCAAGGGCUACAAGGGAAGGACCGCAAGCGCUUCUCCCAUAGAUUUGUAGUGGUAGACUAGCAUAGAUGGUCUGAUCUGCGGGUUUACUUCGGGCGCUAUUUCCCCCCCCCUUCCUCCCGCCCCGCCUGAUGGAACUGAGAGCUGCAGAUGGAGCACGAGAGAAAAGAUACAGAACUGCAGCAGCAGCAUCUUCGUAGCUCGGACUUCGUUUUGCACGAAAAGUGGUUGCUGCUUGUAGUUAUUUAAUUGCAGUGUUUCAUCGGCUGGUGCCUUGAGCAGCAACCUCUGGAAACGAAGGGCUAAAACCGGCGCUGCUCUCCAAAAUUACCUGGUCCCUUUUAACUGGUUGACUAAAAUCCCUUAUUUUGGCUGCUGGUCCCUUCUUUUCAAAUCUGUAAGUUGACAGCUAUGACCCUGAGCCCCUUUCUACACCGGCCUGUGGGAAAGUCUCUCCCUUCUGGACUACGGCUUCCAUCAGCUCCAGUCAUUGUAGCCAUCUCAAACUACAACUCCAGCCAGCCUCUAGCCAGCAGGGCUGUUUCAAACUACAACUCCCAUCAGCACUGGCCAGCGUGCCAACUUGGGCUGGUGGGCGUUGUCGUCCAAAAGUAUCUAGAGAGAACCAGUUUGGCAGAGGCUGGCAUGCCCCAUGCCAGGGCUCAGUGGGGCUUCCUCAGAAGCACAUUUCAGAAGCCUGGGGCCACCACCGAGGCAGCCCUGUCCACACACACACCCCCUCAGCUUGCUUGUUUAGGGAAGCUUUUAAUGUUUGAUGCAUUAAUGUAUUUUAAUAUUUUGUUGGAAGCCGCCCAGAGUGGCUGGGGAAGCCGAGCCAGAUGGGCGGGGUAUAAAAUUAUUAUUAUUAUUAUUAUUAUUAUUAUUAUUAUUAUUAUUAUACGAGUCUCAUUCUGCGAAAGAGACACUUUGAAACUGAACCAAAAUCUUCUGCCUCCUAGGCAGAAACUAGAUUUUGCUUUCCUCUUUAAUUGUCAGAACUCAUUUCAGUUGAAGUCCUUUUUUUCCUUUUCUAUCUCCCACUUCCACUCUUUUAACUAAAGUCUCUGGAUUUUUCAGGCUUCGGAAGUACCUGUGGCCGCCGAUUCCUGACCCGGCAAAAAGCAACCUUGCUACAUGGGCACCGCAAAAAUGUGUCUGGUGAG